CCAAUGACCACCCACUUCACUUCUCCCGCUUUUCUGUAUGCUGUAACCAACACACACCGGCAGCAGCAGUAGCAGCAACAGCAGCCGAGCCGAGCUACUAGGCAGUAGGCAGUAGUGUCAGAGCGACAGUCUCGUCUGGCUGGUAAUAGCUCUGCUCUUCUCAACACGGACGUAGAACGCGGUAACAACAAUAACAUCAAAGAAAUCAUCGUCAUCGGGUCGCGAGUGUGUUUCCACUUACAAAAAGAAGAAGCAAGUGUUAUAACGUGCACGUGUGUGUUGUGCCAAAGUAAGCCCGUACAUCACGAGUAUUCGCAAGAAAAAUAGUGCAGUGUGCAGUCAUCAUAUCAAACACACGAGCCGUGAAACGAGUUGCAAGAAAGAAAGAGUAUGCGAGACUCGAGUGAAGAUCAAUGGCAGCCAUGAAAGAUCAACGUAUCUGAUACAAGCACGCAAAAAGAAGCAGCAACAGCCGUGAAAGAUGGGCGAGAUCUUAGGCUCGGCGAGUUUUCUUCACCUCGGUGACAUUUGCAGUCUUUACGCCGAGGGCAAUGCCUCCGGCUUUCUCUCGACCCUCGGGUUGGUCGACGAUCGAUGCGUCGUGUGCCCGGAGGCUGGCGACUUGAGCAAUCUACCGAAGAAAUUCCGAGACUGCCUAUUCAAAAUAUGCCCUAUGAACCGAUACUCGGCCCAGAAGCAAUUCUGGAAGGCCGCGAAGCAGAGCGCCAGCUCGACUACCGACGCCGUUCUACUCAAGCGGCUGCACCACGCCGCCGAGAUCGAGAAGAAGCAGAACGAGACGGAAAACAAAAAGCUGUUGGGCACCAUCGUCUCUUACGGCAAUGUCGUUCAGCUGCUGCACUUGAAAUCCAACAAAUAUCUAACGGUGAACGGUCGUCUGCCGGCGUUACUGGAGAAAAAUGCUAUGCGAGUUUAUUUGGACGCGAACGGCAACGAAGGCAGUUGGUUUUAUAUAAUGCCGUUCUACAAGUUGAGAAGCGACGGCGACAGUGUCGUCGUCGGUGACAAAGUCAUACUCGAGCCGGUGAACGCUGGUCGUCAAGGCUUACACGUAGCCGCCAAUUUCGAAUUGAGCGAUAAUCCAGGUUGCAAGGAAGUCAAUGUCGCCAGUGCUGCUACAUCGUGGAAGGUUACGCUGUUUAUGGAACACAGGGAGAAUCAAGAGGAGAUACUUAAAGGUGGAGAUGUCGUCAGGUUAUUUCACGCCGAGCAAGAAAAGUUCCUUACGAUGGAUGAGUACAAGAAGAAGCAGCACGUGUUCCUACGCACAACGGGACGGACAAGCGCAACCGCGGCUACAAGCAGUAAAGCACUUUGGGAAGUCGAGGUUGUUCAACACGAUCCGUGCCGUGGUGGCGCUGGCCACUGGAAUUCGCUGUUUAGGUUUAAGCAUUUAGCCACCGGCCAAUACUUAGCUGCGGAGAUUGACACCGACGAGCAAGUUGAUGUUGCCAAGAGUAGCAAAGAACAAAAUGGAGCGGUGUAUCGACUUGUCUCCGUGCCUCAUAGCAACGAAAUAAGCUCAUUAUUUGAGCUUGAUCCAACAACUCUUACGAGAGCUGAUAGUUUAGUACCACAAUCGUCCUUCGUUAGACUUCAUCAUAUAUGUACUAACACUUGGGUACACUCGACUAGUGUGCCCAUCGAUAUUGACAAUGAGAAACCUGUUAUGUCUAAGGUCGGCUGCGCGACGAACAAGGAAGACAAGGAAGCUUUUGCCUUACGUUCGGUUUCACCGGUGGAAGUACGUGACUUGGACUUUGCAAAUGACGCGUGUAAGGUUCUCGAGUCGAUUAGUCGCAAACUGGAAGGAUCGAUAUCGUUAAACGAAAGGCGAGCAGUUACAAGUUUGCUACAAGACAUUGUUUACUUUAUCGCGGGUCUCGAGAACGAACAGAACAAAUCCGAGGCACUGGAACUUCACGUCACUAAUCCUGUGAGAGAUAGGCAAAAACUCGUUCGAGAACAAUAUAUUCUUAGUCAACUGUUCAAGAUACUUCAGGCACCAUUUUUAGAAUCUGCCGAAGGCGAAGGGCCUUUCUUGAGGAUAGAAGAACUGAACGAUCCAAGAUAUGCCGCGUACAAAUACAUCUUUCGUUUGUGUUACCGCAUCCUUAGAUUAUCGCAACAAGACUAUAGAAAAAACCAGGAAUACAUUGCCAAGCACUUCGCGUUCAUGCAAAAGCAAAUAGGCUACGAUAUCCUAGCAGAGGAUACGAUAACAGCUUUGCUGCACAAUAAUCGUAAGCUCUUGGAGAAACACAUUACUGCUGCGGAAAUUGAGACAUUCGUAGGCCUUGUGCGCAAAAACAUGCACAAUUGGGAAUCACGUUUUCUCGACUAUCUGUCUGAUCUGUGUAUAUCUAACAAAAAAGCGAUUGCCGUUACUCAGGAAUUGAUUUGCAAAAGUGUCCUUAGCGAGAAGAAUCGUGAUAUACUGAUCGAGACUAAGAUGAUGAAGACUCAAGUAGAGUUGGAAGAUAUGGACGAAAGGCAUGAAAGCGGGGACGAGGAACCUCAAAUCACAAUCAUCGAAGAGUACGAAAUAUUUCUUGUUUGGAAUGACGGACAACGAUCGAUGUCAUUAAGCGAGUUGUCAAGAGGCGCAAAAAUGGGAAACGUGGAGGACGCUGCAAUACUUGACUACUACAGGCAUCAAUUAAAUCUUUUUAGCAAUAUGUGCCUCAACAGGCAAUACUUAGCCCUUAAUAACUUAUCGCCGCAUCUGGACAUUGAUCUAAUUCUAAAGUGCAUGGAGGACGAGACAGUGCCAUAUGAAUUACGUGCCUCGUUCUGUAGAUUAAUGCUGCAUCUUCACGUCGACCGAGAUCCUCAAGAGCAGGUCGUGCCAGUCAAGUACGCUCGACUUUGGUCUGAAAUACCCUCGAAAAUGAGCAUUAACGAUUACGAUACAAAUAAGAUGCCUGACCAAAAUAAAGAAGCUGUGAGGGCAAAGUUUGCAUCUACCAUAAUGUUCGUUGAAGAUUACCUGUGCAAUGUUGUGGCAAAAAUGUGGUCUUUUGCCGAUCAGGAACAAAACAAACUUACUUACGAGGUGGUCAAAUUAGCUCGUGACUUGAUAUACUUUGGAUUCUAUAGUUUUAGCGAUCUUUUGAGGCUGACAAAAACGUUACUUAAUAUCUUAGACUGCGUGUCGGAGAACGACGCUAGCAACGGAAAAGUGCCAACUGGGGAAAUUGAUUCCAUAAGCGAAUCCGUGGAAUCGGAGAAAUCAGCCGAAGGUGGUGUGCUACGUUGCAUCGGUGAUAUGGGAGCAGUAAUGACAAAUCUAACGCUAGGACCAGCAGGUCAAGUUAUCGCAGGAACAUCGUCACCUGGACAAGCAACUGCGUCAUCAGCUAAAAAAGAGUAUCCAUUAGUGAUGGAUACGAAAUUGAAAAUCAUCGAGAUAUUGCAAUUUAUAUUGGACGUUAGAUUGGACUACAGGAUAUCCUCUCUGUUGUGCAUAUUUAAAAAGGAGUUUGACGAAACGGAGAAAGCUUCGGGAGAUUUGAGUCUAGGUCAAAAGGGAAUCGAUCUCGAAUCUAUCGGUACGCAAGCUGAAGGCAUUUUUGGCAGCAGUGAAGAGUGUGCAGCAUUAGAUCUAGAUGGAGCAGGUGGACGAACAUUCUUGCGAGUUUUACUACACUUAGCAAUGCACGAUUAUCCACCUCUGGUUUCUGGUGCACUUCACCUUUUGUUUCAACACUUUAGCCAAAGACAAGAAGUACUGCAAGCUUUCAAACAGGUUCAACUGUUAGUAUCAGAUAGCGACGUAGAGUCCUACAAACAGAUCAAAGCCGAUUUGGACGUUCUCCGUCAAUCCGUUGAAAAAUCUGAGCUCUGGGUAUACAAAUCAAAAGCAACAGAGGAACACGGGACAAAGAAAAAAUCCAAAAGUAAAGACGGCGAUGAGGAGAAACGAUCGACUAGGAAAACUCCACCACAGCUAUCGUCGAUGGAGAAAAAAGGUUCAGCUAUCGAUUUGGACGUAGGACCGCCAUUACACGCAGAUCAAGCAGAAGAAUAUCGCAAGAUCCAACAAAUUCUUAUUCGCAUGAACAAGCUUUGCAUCCAAACUUUGCCCGGUGGACAGGUGAAGCCAAGGAAACACGAACAAAGAUUGCUACGUAACGUUGGUGUGCACACCAUUGUACUUGAUCUUCUGCAAGUUCCCUUCGAUGCUAAAGAGGACGUACGGAUGAUCGAGUUGAUGCGUUUGGCUCACGAUUUCUUGCAAAACUUCUGUCUUGGUAAUCAACAGAAUCAGGUGUUAUUGCACAAACAUCUGGAUUUGUUCUUAAAUCCGGGAAUCAGAGAUGCUCAAACCGUGUGCAGUAUAUUCCAGGACAACUCGACGCUCUGUAACGAGGUGAAUCCUAAAGUGAUCCAGCACUUUGUUCAUUGUAUCGAGACGCACGGUAGGCACGUACAGUACCUCAGGUUUCUGCAGACGAUCGUCAAAGCUGAGAAUCAAUUUAUUCGCAAAUGUCAAGAACUUACUAUGCAAGAGUUGGUUCAAGCGGGAGAAGAUGUGCUAGUGUUUUAUAAUGACAGAGCUUCAUUCAACAGUUUCGUCGAGAUGAUGAGAUCUCAAAGACAUAGAAUGGACGAGAGUAGCCCAUUGAAGUAUCACGUGGAAUUGGUGAAUUUAUUAGCUUGUUGUACGAUGGGCAAGAAUGUUAAUACUGAAAUCAAGUGUCACAGUCUGUUACCUCUCGACGAUAUCGUUACUAUGGUUUCACAUCCUGAUUGCAUUCCAGAGGUGAAAGAAGCAUACAUCAAUUUCUUAAAUCACUGUUACAUUGAUACGGAAGUAGAAAUGAAAGAAAUCUACACGUCAAAUCAUAUGUGGACUUUGUUUGAAAAAUCCUUCAUCAUCGACAUAGGAAUAGUAGCCACGGCAACUCACGAUCGCGAACAUGCGGAUACUGCACUGGAACAUUACGUGACCAACUGUCUAAUGAACAUCAUCACCAUGUUCUUCAGCAGUCCAUUCUCUGAUCAGAGUACUACACUGCAGUACAUCAUACUCGAGAAACAUCUGCACGAUGCCAAGCUCUAUUGGGACAUGAACGAUUAUCAACGACAUAGUGAGAAUAUUUUCACUGACUAUACGAGACAGCCGAUAUUUGUGCAACUGCUUAACGCGGCGUUUAAAGUAUCGCAAUGUACCUGGUUGACUGCAGCUCAAAGGUUGACAGUGGAGAAUUGUAUUCGAACUUUGUCCGACGUCGCAAAACAACGAGGAAUUGCCAUCCCGACGGAUCUUGAAAAUCAAGUAGUGUCAAUGUUCAACAAAGCGGCAAUGCUCAGUAGACAAACGACCAAAUGGUUGCAAGCGGCAAAGAUGCCGAAAAUCGAACGAAGUAAAAUUAAAACAAUUCCUAUCUCACAGUUAAUGCGAUUGGACCGAAGUAUCAUCGAGGGGUUACAAGAUAUAGUUUCAUUACUGGAAGAACAAUUAAAGCCACUGGUACAAUCUGAGUUGUCUCUAUUGGUUGACAUACUCUACAGACCGGAAUUAUUGUUUCCAAUGGGCACCGAAGCACGCAAGAAUUGUGAAAAUGGUGGUUUUAUUCGACGAUUGAUAAAGCACACGGAAAAGUUACUGGAAGAAAAGGAAGAGAAACUAUGUGUCAAAGUUCUGAGGACAUUGUGCGAAAUGAUGGCUAUAGAUCCAGAAUACGGUGAGAAGACCAAGAGCGAGGAACACAGUAAACGUCCACAUCCAGAAGUGCCAAUUCAAUCAAUUCAAGUAUCGAAGAUCGAAUCUCCAUCCAUGACAUCUAUUGAAAGUACUGAAACAACGAGCACUGCAAGUACAAAAUCAACGAGCGUUGCAAGUACAAAAACAACGAGCGUUGAAAAAGUAGUUUUGAUUGCUGAAAUUAAUGCUGCAACAACGGUUCCGAAUAUCAAGACAACGACCACGACGACCACGAUGCCGACGAUUGAAGUGACAGUCGUCGACACUCCUCCAAUAACUCAAUCGACACAGGAGCUACGGGUAAAAGAGCCAUUGCAAAAAAGCGCUAGAUAUCCAAAAGCACAGUGCGAAUUGUACCAUAAUAAUGGUGAUGCACUGCGUAAUAAUUUAUUGGCGCGCUACUUUGGCAAAACUUUCCUCGUAAAGCCGGAUGAAGUGGACAUCGGAGCACCCUGUUCCGUGCCUGUUACACAUGGACCCGGAGCAAAAAUACUUAGUCGAGCUGGGCGAACAUUGCAUGAGGUACAAUGUCAUUUGGAUCGAGAAGGAGCAUCAGAUCUGGUUGUCGAAUUGGUUAUCAAAAGUGUGCACUCACCGAGCAUAUUUGUGGAGGCAGUUCAAUUGGGAAUCGCAUUACUUGAAGGUGGAAAUCCAAUUAUUCAGAAGAGCAUGAUCACGAAGCUUAUGAGCGGCGAUUUAAGUCAGUCGUUUUUCAAGGUAUUUUAUGAAAAGAUGAGGGAUGCUCAACAAGAAAUUAAGGCGACUGUCACCGUGAAUACAUCCGAUAUAGCUGCGCAAGCUCAUGAAGAUAAAGAGCAAAGCAAAGAGUUGGAAAAGCUGAAAAAACGCGAUUCAGCCAAACCCAAUGGCAUUGUGAUGACAGAGGAAUUACGGGACGAGUUACACGCGGCGGCGGCAACGACUGCACAGGCAUAUGCCGCCGUACGAAGUUUAACAUCUGGAGAUGAAGUGGCGAGUAAUCAGGAUAAUCAAGGUAUUGGCAGUAUUGCCGUCGAUGAAAUGCUGGCAGAGAAACUUGACAGACAACACCGUAGCAGCGACGAUGCAGAGGAGGGACAAUUAGACCCUAAGGUUCUUGUCAUGCAGCCGAUACUUAGAUUUUUACAGCUUCUUUGCGAGAAUCACAAUAGGGAAUUGCAGAACUUCUUGCGCAACCAAAAUAACAAAACCAACUUCAACUUGGUUUCGGAAACGCUAAUGUUUCUCGACUGCAUCUGCGGUUCGACAACCGGUGGAUUAGGUCUUCUCGGGCUGUAUAUCAACGAAUACAAUGUGGCGUUGAUUAAUCAAACUCUCGAGACCUUGACGGAGUACUGCCAGGGCCCUUGUCAUGAUAAUCAAAAUUGUAUUGCAACCCAUGAAUCUAACGGGCUUGACAUCAUCACUGCUCUCAUUCUCAAUGAUAUCAAUCCACUUGGCAAGACUAGAAUGGAUCUCGUGUUGGAGCUUAAGAAUAACGCCAGUAAAUUGCUGCUGGCUAUUAUGGAAAGUAGGAACGACAGUGAGAAUGCCGAGAGAAUUAUGUACAAUAUGAAUCCAAAACAGUUGGUCGAUGUCGCUUGUACGGCAUUUCAUCAGGAAUCGUUGGAAGAUGAUGGCGAUCCGGACGAUUCGUCAUCUAAUGGAGAAGAUGGCGUUUCGCCAAAAGAGGUGGGCCACAACAUUUACAUCCUGUGUCAUCAGCUGGCGCAGCACAACAAGGAGCUUGCAGCUAUACUCAAACCAUCCGAGUCGAGUACUGCGAAUCAAAAAACUAACAAAGCACUGCAAUAUUAUGCGACGCACACUGCACAAAUUGAAAUCGUAAGGCACGAUAGAACCUUAGAGCAAAUCGUCUUCCCCAUUCCUGAGAUUUGCGAACUUAUCACGGAGGACACUAAGAUUCGAGUACUUCAUACCGCCGAAUUGGACGAUCAAGGAUCCAAAGUCUCGGAUUUCUUUGAGAGGACUGAAGACAUGUUCAGUGAGAUGAAAUGGCAGAAAAAGCUUAGAGGUCAACCCAUGUUGUUCUGGGUCAGUAGCUAUAUGUCGCUGUGGAGUAAUGUUUUAUUCAAUUGCGCUGUUCUUAUCAAUGUGAUCGUUGCCUUCUUUUACCCGUUUACUGACACCAUAUUUAAGCUCAAUUCACACAUAUCCGGUCUUAUAUGGACAUGUAUGCUGGCAUCGGCGGCCAUUGUUUUAUGUUUGGGUAGAGAGUCAGCUGUACGACCAUUGGCUUAUGCAACGAUAUUGAGAUUGAUAUUUUCUUUGGGUCCUGAACCAACCCUGUAUUUGUUAGGUCUUCUUACUAUCUGUUUGAAAAUUGUACACCUCAUUAGUAUAAUAGGAAAUCAAGGUACCUUGCAGAAGGAUAUUAAGCAAAUAAUUACAGAUUUUGAGUUACUUUAUCACACAGUAUAUUUGGUAUUUUGUGUACUUGGUAUAUGUAUGCAUCCGUUCUUUUUUUCUGUUCUUCUUUUCGAUGUAGUAUACCGUGAAGAAACUCUUUUAAAUGUUAUACGAUCUGUUACGAGAAACGGAAGAUCCAUUAUACUCACUGCAGUUCUCGCUUUAAUUUUGGUGUAUAUGUUCUCUCUAAUCGGUUAUAUGUUCUUCCAAGAUGACUUUUUAGUGAGUAUCGACGAGGAGAUCGAAUCUUCGACUGCAGAAGAAACUUUAGGAAGUUGCUCAAAGGAUAAUGACAGCUGUAUUGCUACCGAGACAGUUUCCAAAUAUUUUAAGAAGCGCGAAGCGGAAAUGAUUCCAAGUGCGGAAGUAGUCAACGUUGGAGGAGAGUUGAAGGAACGAGCUUGCGAUUCAUUGAUAAUGUGUAUUAUCACGACAAUGAAUCAAGGUCUGAGAAAUGGCGGAGGUAUCGGUGACAUCUUGAGAGCGCCUUCAAGUAAAGAACCAUUAUUCGUUGCGCGCGUAAUCUAUGAUCUGUUGUUCUUCUUCAUCGUCAUCAUUAUCGUUCUGAAUUUGAUAUUUGGUGUGAUCAUCGACACAUUCGCCGAUCUCAGAUCAGAGAAACAGCAAAAAGAAUUGAUACUAAAAAAUACCUGUUUCAUCUGUGGUUUGAAUCGUUCGGCUUUCGACAACAAAACUGUUUCGUUCGAAGAGCACAUCAAACACGAGCACAAUAUGUGGCACUACCUGUAUUUUAUCGUACUGGUGAGGGUUAAAGAUCCGACUGAUUUUACCGGACCCGAGUCGUAUGUCUACAUGAUGGUUAAGGAUCGUAAUCUCGAUUGGUUUCCGAGACUUAGAGCCAAAUCUCUUGCCGAGGAUGAAAGUGAAGGUGAACAAGUCGAACUUAGGAGUUUACAGUCGCAGCUUGAGCUUACUCAGAAUCUCGUUAAGUGUCUUUCUCAGCAGCUUACUGAACUUCGUGAUCAAAUGACGGAACAGAGAAAGCAGAAGCAACGUUUGGGACUCUUGAAUUCUGCGACAGCAUUCCUACAGAACGCUCCAUCAUAAAUUAAUACUUUCUUUUAAAUUCUAAUUUAAUGGAAACCUCAUUUAAUGUUUAAACAAGCAUUUAACAGCGGUGUUAGAUGAUUUACGUGUACGAGUUAGAAUCGUGCGGUUCCGUUCCUAGUAGAGAAAAGAAAUAAUUGUAUAUGAAUGUAAAGCAAGGCUUAGUUGCAUCAACAUACGUAAUGAGAAGAAGGUAUUGAAAGUUUUUAUAUACAAAUGUUGCCGUGCACAAAACAAAUGAUUUUUAAAGGCUGUGAUAGCCACAAAAAAAUGACAAUUAAUACGAAAAACUUAAGUCAAUACCUUCUUGCUUGAAAAUAGAAAUAUCGCGUAUAUCAUUGAAAGUACGAUAUAUUGAUUUGAUGUAAAAUAUUGAACUUUAUGAUGGGGGACGUGCAAUAAGCAUUGCUAUUAAUUUUACAAAGUCUCAAUACGAUUCAACUAAGAAUAAUCUCGCUGUGAAUCUUAAACUUUUUUUAAUACUUUCUGGUAAAGUUAUAAGAGAGUAGGGUUUGAUAGAAAAACGGCAUAUAGCCAUCAAGAAUUUCAAUUACUUCUAAAUUACGAAACUUUGAUCAGACGAUUAUUAAAUUGUACCUUCUAUCUUAGGAAUCUCAUUCGAGUUUGACAUUAAAGAGUUAUUUGAGGCUACGGAUAUAUCGAUGGCUAGUUUUUAUGAUAAUAAAAGUGUUCUUCGUAGCUUCAAGAAUCUUAAAAACAAACAUCUCACUGUCGUAGUAAUAAGAUUUUAAGAAAGUAAAUUAAAUAUUAAUUUUCGUCGAUCGAAGAAUCUUUGUUAUUAGAUACGUAGAUUGUAUAAGAGGUAAUGACAAUCGUUUUCACAAUCAUAUUUUGUGCACUGAAAACUUGUUGAGGUUUAUUUUUAAUGUUGUAAUCUCAAAUAUCAUGGUUACCGUUUUAGAUCUUUUAUCUGAAUUUACUCAAAUUCUAAAAUAUUUUAUCUCGCAUCUUUUAAAAGAAUUUACAAAGUAGUAGAUCUAUAAGGAAAAAAGUAAAUAUCAAAGCAAGAAUCUUUAUUAAAAUUGUAGAAAUGAAGUUUUUGAAAUCUCGGUUAUUUAGAGUAGUAAAUACAUUUAUUAAAGAUAUAUUUUUGUAUAAAAAGUAUUCUUAGUUUGGAAAAACAUUGGAGAAGCGAUAGAAUAACUUUUAAAAAUUAGAAUUUAUUAAGUGUUUCUAAAAUAUAUUGUUGCGAGAAUGGUUUGCAAUCAAAAAAAAAAAAUAAAGUAUUGGUUGUACCGAGCCGAAUUGCGUUAGCUUGUAAAUAAUGCAACAGAUUUUGAAAUUCAUUAGCAGAAAAUAUAUUUGUAGCUUAGCAUAUUCUGUAAUAUGUGUAUUUUAAUAUUUGCCAUUGAAUUCUAUCUUCUUCGUAUGUACGACCGAUUUAAUCUCGUUUAUAUUGAUUUGAAAUAAAAAAAGCUAAGUCUGUUAUGCUGUACCUUAGCAUAGUCGUUUAAGAUAAAAAAAUUUAGAGUUUUUUUAAUGUCGUUUAAUAAAGAAUGUUUGU